AUGAUACCCGCGCAGCUGAAGUACGAAACGACAUGGUUUGAAGGCCCUCUGUGGCUACGGCAGGAUCGCUCAAGGUGGCCUAGUAGCUCCGCUAUCCCGGACGUCGAACACUCUCUUCUCGGAGAGCGAUCUGUCGUCGCACUGCCAGCUCGUGUGAAGACUCCUAGCGAAAUCUUUCUCCUCCGUUCCUCGUUCACCGAUAUCGUCCGGAUCGUAGCAUGCAUCCGGAGAUUCAUCCACAAUGCAACUCCGAACAAUCGCAAUCACAGACUCACGGGCCCUAUCAAGCUUCAAGAGUUGAACGAAGCGACGAACGUCCUAGUUCGUUUAGCGCAGGAAGACAGCUUUCCCGAGGAAGUUGCGGCUCUUUCUCGUGGCCGGGAGGUGAAGACUUCGUCCAAAAUCCUUCCUCUUCAUCCCAUUUUGGUUGAUAAAACGCCUCGCGUUGGCGGCCGGCUUGCUAACGCGCCAAUCGCGGAGAGUCGAAAGCAUCCUAUGAUACUCCACCACCACCACCCAUGCACCAAACUGGUUUUGCGGCACUACCACAUCAACCACUUCCAUGCUGGCCAACAACUUCUGGUAGCCUCCGUCAGAGAGAAAUUCUGGCCCACGAACGCACGUGAUCUGGCCCGCACGGUGUGUCAUGAGUGUGUAACGUGCUUCCGGAGCAAGCCCACCGUUCACGAGCAGCUAAUGGCCGAUCUCCCGUCGGUUCGAGUCAAUCCUGCAGCCGUAUUCCUUAAGGUUGGUGUAGAUUUGUGUGGCCCAUUCUACAUCAAAUAUCCAGUCCGGCGCAGCGUAGCGGUGAAGUGCUUCGUAGCAAUUUUCGUUUGUCUGGCAACGAAGGCUGUGCACAUGGAGGUUGUUGCGGACUUGUCGACUCAAGCUUUCUUGGCGGCCUUCAGACGAUUUGUUGCAGUUAGAGGAAAGCCGCAGGUGGUCAUGUGCGACAAUGCCACCAAUUUCGUAGGAGCCAACAGAGAAUUGGAGGAGUUGCCUGAAGAUGAAGGAAUUCAGUUCGAGUUCAUACCGGCACGCUCUCCCAAUUUCGGUGGACUCUGGGAGGCGGCGGUCAAGUCGUUUAAGGGACAUUUUCGGAAGAUCGUCGGUAAUCAGCAGUUAAGCUACGACGAGUUGCACACCAUUGUUCAGCAAGUGGCCGCAAUACUAAAUUCGCGCCCACUGACUCCACUUAGCAACGACCCUAACGACUAUGCUGCCCUAACCCCGGGACACUUUCUGGUUGGAAGACCCCUGACAGCGGUGCCUGAACCCGAUUUGCAGGAGAUACCAGAAAAUCGGUUGGCAGUCUGGCAACGAUCGCAAGAAUUUGUGCAAAGACUCAGGCGGAAAUGGAAGACGCACUACCUGUCAGACUUGCAUAAUAGGACCAAAUGGACGAGAAAACGCGACAAUAUCAAGAUCGGCACCAUGGUAUUGGUGAAGGAGGACAAUUUGCCUCCACAACGGUGGAAAUUGGGGCGAGUCACCGAAAUCUACGCCGGCUCGGAUGGAAACGUCCGAGUAGUGAACGUUCGCACCAAGGACGGGAUCUUCAAGCGAGGUAUCUCCAAGAUCUGCGUUCUCCCUAUCAAGGAUAAUGCAUCCACAGACGAAGAGCAGUAG